AACUUCCAAAUCCAAACAACACAUAACUAGAAGAGACACUUGCAUGUCACAAAAGUCCAACACACAUAGAACAGAAUAAAUCAUGGAGAAACCUCUUCUUCAUCCAUCACUUAUCUUCUUCUUAGCAACUCUCCUCCCAUUAGUAUUGACCGUCCACUCCCAACCCUCUCCAUUACCAUCAGACGAUUCAGAUUUCAUCCGUACGAGCUGCAACGCAACCUUGUACCCUGACCUCUGUGUCUCCUCUCUUUCAAACUUCUCAAGCUCCGUUAACAACGACUCAGCUCUCUUGGCUCGAGCCGCAAUCUCCGUCACUCUCACCAAGGCUCUCGAGCUAGGCUCAUACCUCUCCAACGUUACCGCUCUCCUCAAGAGCCAGGAGGACAAUGGGGGCCACCCAACCGCAGCCGCUGUCUUCCAUGACUGCUUUGAGAAUCUUAAAGAUGCCGUCGGUGAAAUGAAAGGCUCGAUGAAACAGAUGAGGGACUUGGUCUCCACUGGCUCGCUUGAGUCGUUCAGGUUCCAGAUGAGCAACGUGCAGACUUGGCUUAGUGCGGCUUUAACCGAUGAGGAGACUUGUACGGAUGGGUUUAAAGACGUUCAAGAUGAGCCGAGAAAAGAUGAGGUAUGCGCUCGGGUGGAUGACGUCAAGAAGUUGACUAGUAAUGCGUUAGCUCUAGUUAACCGAUGCGUCGAUAAGGCGAUACAUUGAUCUCUAUUCAUCAAAUAUUCUUCUUUCUUUUGAUCAAUUGAGAAAAUAAAUUAUUGCUUUUGUGUUUUGUUUGUCACGCGUGCAUGAUAUAUAUGUAUAACAAGAUAAGUCUGUUUGUUAUUGGCUGAAAUGAAAUUGGAGGGAUAUAUUACGUACAAGUUGUUAACGCUUUUCGUUUGUGGAAAUUACUGAAAUAAACCAGGUUGUGGAAAGAUUUAGUGGUC